AUGGAGAUUAUUCAUGAAUAUGUGAAGCUACGCAGUGAAUUUGGCCGCCAGUGUCUCUUUUCAGACCGUCCUGCGGAGCUGCUAAUCGAUGUUCCUCCAAAUCAAAAGCUGGCAAUGCAGUUUGUUCUUAAGGAAACAAGAGACCUGGGUGUCCAGGGCUGCUGGGAAAUGUCGGAGCAUGAGGUCAAUACAGAAAGGUUUGAGUAUGACAACGAAGGGAUUAAUCACGUGGAGGGGGGCUGGCCCAAAGAUAUCAACCACCUAGAAAUGGAACAAACUAUACGUUUUAGGAAGAAGAUAGAGAAAGAUGAAAUCUACAUGAAUAGCGUCCAAGUGCUAGGAACACUUGUAGGACAAUGUGUUGGACAAAAUAAUGCUGUGGAUAUCUACCAAGAAUAUUUUGAGGAGGAAGAAUUGCUGGAUGAGACUCAGGAAAAACCAUGUGUAAAAAUCGUUAAUGUAUACAGAGACCCACACCUGGUGAAACGACACGUCACCUGCCUUUCUUGGCAACCAAAGGGAGGCACAAAGCUGGCAGGUGCCUACUGCUGCCUUGAGUUGCAGAAAGCCAAUAUAGACAUGAGCCAAGAGUCUUACAUCUGGGACAUCGAGAACCCUACCCAACCUGAUAUUACUCUUAAUUCGACAACUCAACUCAUCUGUCUGAAAUACAACCCAGAUGAUAUGCACGCUCUCAUCAGUGGCGGCGUUAAUGGGCAAAUUGUGUUAUGGGAUUCCCGUAAUGGCCAUUGUCCUGCGGCAAUUACCCCUUCGGAAGAGUCUCACAAAGAUCCUGUUUACAAGGUCUUGUGGUUGAAAUCCUCUUCUGGGACAGACGCAUUCUCUGCCUCCACUGAUGGACAGAUUCUCUGGUGGGAUGUCCGCCAGUUGAAUGAGCCAAUAGACAGACUGAUUCUGGACCUUAGUAGGAAGGACAACCAAGACAAAGCUUUAGGAGCCAUCUCUCUGGAUCAUAACGUUUCCAUGCCAGACACAUUCUUGGUGGGUACGGAACAGGGGGCUGUUGUAUACUGCAACAAGGCAGCGGAAACGCCGGCUGAGAGAAUUGUCCGUACAUACGAUGGCCACCAUGGCCCUGUCUAUGCCAUUCAAAGAAACCCUUUCUUUUCCCAAAAUUUCCUCACCGUGGGAGACUGGGGAGCCCGCAUUUGGUCACAGGACAUCAAGGAGUCAUCUGUCAUGUGGACUAAGCACCAGACGGAUUACUUAACAGAUGGCUGCUGGAGUCCUGUCAGACCCUCGGUCUUCUUCACCGUGAAGAUGGAUGGUGUACUGGAUAUCUGGGACAUCUUGUUUAAACAGAAUGAUCCCACUCUAAGUCUCAAGGUACGUGAUGAAGCUCUGUGUAGCCUCAAUGUGCAUGAGGGUGGAUGCAGGUUAGCUUGUGGCUCUCAGCAGGGUAUUGCAACACUAAUAGAUAUCAAAUCAGGACUUUGCACCCCACAGCAUAAUGAGCAGGAACUCCUUGGUGAGAUGUUGGAACGUGAGACCAAGCGCGAAAAGGUCCUCAGGGCUCAGAGAGGAGGGGACGAGGGUGGAAACAGCGAGGAUACUCAAAAGGAGUUGAUCCUCCGACCUGAGUAUGACUUUCACAAUGUAGUGGAAUCAGAGCAGAGGAGGAGGCAAUGGGAGACUAGAACACAGGUGAGUUGCCAGAGCAGCAGCUUUAAGCAGGGAAACCAGACCUCUUUCUUCCCAUCUGAUUUAUUUAGCUCUUCCGGGAUCAUCCGAGGCAUUCCCAAGCAGACCAGGAUGCUCAGUCUCUAUAGUAUUUCCCGGGUCAUCCUAAAGGUCUGCUCCCAGUGGGAUGUGCUCAGAGCACUUUUUUACAUGGAGGAGUAG